UACACGUAGAUAUACAAAAUCAGAGGACACUUCCUCGUUCAGUCAAAAGAGAUGUCUAACAUGGUUCAGGGAGUACACGUCACCUGACGAACCAGAACUUUUAGGUCCUGAUGGAAUGGAGAAAUUCUGCGAAGACAUAGGAGUGGAACCUGAGAAUGUAGUCAUGCUGGUGUUGGCCUGGAAAAUGAACGCGAGACAAAUGGGCUUCUUCACACAGCAGGAAUGGCUGAAAGGACUCACAGAUCUACAAUGUGACACGAUUCAAAAAAUACAAAGCAAAUUAGAUUUCUUGAGGUCGUUACUAAAUGAUCCUAGCUCAUUCAAAAGUAUAUACAGAUACGCUUACGACUUUGCCAGGGACAAGGACCAACGGAGCAUGGAGAUGGACACAGCUAAGGCGAUGCUUCAGCUGCUGCUAGGGAAGCACUGGUCACUGUUUGCCCAAUUCAACCUCUUCCUGGAGGACAGCAAAUACAAGGUUAUCAACAAGGACCAGUGGGCCAACAUACUCGAGUUCAGUCGCACCAUACACCACGACCUGGCCAACUAUGAUGUGGAUGGCGCAUGGCCAGUAAUGCUAGACGAAUUUGUAGAAUGGUUAAAGGCAUCAACAAAUAACGAAAUUCGAAGGAGCUAACGAGCGGCGCAUAAAUACAGCACACUCCUGAGCGGAGCUAACCUCAGCUGGUGUUCGCAUAAAUACAGCACAUUUAAGAGCGGAACCAGCCCAAUGUCAUAAAUCUAUGGUAACAAUUGAAUAAAUAGUUUAUUUCUUUCAAACUUAUGAUGCUGUUUCAGUUUACAUAAUAGAGGGGGAUAGUAUGAUUUCGAUAGUAUUUUAAUAAUUCAUAAAGUUUAACAGUUUUAUUAUUUAUUUGAAUUGUAUGUUGAAUUUUACAGUUUCAUCCACUGUAUCUCGGAAAAACAGUCUGUUAUCUAAAUUUCAGAACUCCAAAACUGUAUUUUAAACUCUGAAAAAACUCCAAAACUCACCUCCUAUGGAUGAAAGACAUUCUUGAUGUCAAAAUUCCAAAAAUGUAAGUAUUUUUUACGUAAAAAAUACGUUUUAAAUUGGGAAUACUGGAUGAAACAAUAUGUUUUUUGAGAAUAUCAUAAUAUUGAAACAAGAAUUUUAUACCUACUGCAAACUUGAAAAUUGAAGGUCUGUAUUGUCGAUAUUGCUGUUAGAAAUUUAUCAUGAAUAUGUAUCCAAUUCAGAAAUAUAUCUGAGAAAUAUAUUUCAGAAAAUAUUCAAUUAAGAAAAUAUUCAAAAUAAAUAAUUCAGAAAAUAUAUCCAAUUUAUCUGAGUGAAACAAGAAUUUCAUACAGCUUUGCCUACUAGAAAAAAAAGAAAUUAUGCAAAUUUUUUUCUUGUCGACGUAGAACAACUUCAAAAUGCUUGAAUAUUUUUCGUCAUAUUAAUGAAAUUCAUAUCUAUUUUGGAAUUGUGUACUUCCAAACCUUCAUAAGUGUUUCAUUAAAAUUUAAUGCCAGUUAAGUCCAUUAUCUGAGAUGUUAGGUUUCUUAUGUGUUUCUAGUGUGUUACAUUAUUUAGUGUUCGAAUAUCAUUAUUAAUUUAUCCAUUGGAUAAAUAAUUACAACAUAGGGUUUUAAUUCUACAUUUAAAAGUUUUGUUCCAUAGAUUCAUUAUAACGCAGCAGUAUAGAUUCUCAUCACAAUACUUUUGUUAAUCAUUUCAUCAUUGCGUUGCAAUAUUAUGGUCACUUUUUUUUAAAUCUUCAAAAAUUCAAUUAUGUUUUCAAAAAGUUUUCUUUAAAUGCUCAUCAUUUUAUUUCUUUCGUUUUGAAUUAUUUUGACGACACUACAGUCUAGACUAAUCAAAAUAAUUCAAAACCAAUUAUUAACUUGCAGAUCGUCAGAGAUAGUGAAAUAGAUGAGUAUUUUAUUCAAGUUUUCAUCUGAGCUUGGUUACAUUAAUUUAUUAAUAUUAAUCAGAGAAUUAGUCAAUUAAUUGAUAACUGAUCAUUAUUGAUUGAAAAAUCAACCUGUAAGUUAAUAUUGAUUUGUAAAGUAUGAAUAUUGAUAAAUCCUGAUUUCUCGAACUCCAGCGUGACAUGCUAGGUUACUCUGUAUUGUAUUAAUAAAUUUUAUAAAAAAUCUGUAUUUAUAAAUUUUAUAAAAAAAAUGCAAACUCAUAAUCCUUUAUAUUAUGUUGAAUUAUAUUUAGUCAUAUCUUUGCUAAGUUCUGAAUUUAGGUUAUUUGCUCCUAAACACUGCUAAAUAUCGUGAAUUCUUGUAGGUAUUCUGAAUUGAAUUAUUAUUUUCGUACAACACUGUAUUUCAAUAUUGAAAACAAUGUCAAAAGAUACCUAACUAUGUAUACGACCUUUCAAGAAAUGAAUUGAUCGUUUAAGAAGUUUUGGAUGCGAUAUUUCUAUCAUUUAGUUUAAAAUAGCUCGUUCUAUAGAUUACUAGUACUGCUCCUACCAUUCAGCCUGAUUUUAAACUGUUAGCAAAUUUUAAUAAAAAUGAUCGAAACCGGCAAUUCCAAAACAGCUAUUUGUUUAAACCAACAAUAACUAUUAAAUGUUUAUUCAGGUGUUUAUUAUUCUUUAUUGAUUCAUACAAUAAGUUCAUUAUCAAAAUGAUAGGGAGAGAGAAAACAAGGUAACCUUGUGCUUUACCUUUCCCAAAUUUAGAUAAGGUUACAAAAUUGACAAAUAAAUCUUUGUUUAUCAUUCAAAUUAUAGAAGAUGCGAUAAAAUUAUUAUUGAACGACGAUUAGAACAAAAUUGAGAAGUAAAUAGUUGUUUUUCAUUCUAAUUGAAGAAGAUGCAGUGAAAUAUCAUUGCAUUGUUUUAAAUUAGUAUUAAGGUAUGUAAAGAUCUGAAUAAUUAUAAUGGAAUAUUCAUGAAGAUUCGCUUUAAAAUAGUGAAGGUUACCUAAACAUCAUAAUAAUAUUAUUUAUAAUAUUUAAAUUACCACGACUGAGGUCGUAAAAUCCAAUAGAAAGUACAGAAAUAAUAUUUACACUUAAUAAUAUUAUCCACAGAUAAUAUUAUUAAUAGAAAUAUUAAUAAUGUUAUUAAUAGAAAUGUUAAUAUUAUUAACAGAAAUAUUAUUAUCCACUAGUGUUAUUCAUAGUAUUAUAAUUAUCUUUUUUGAUGAGUGUUGAGUUAGAAUUAAACUUAAAAAAAAAUUUUAAUGGCAACAAAAUUAAAAAAAAAAAGAAUCACGGAAAAUAUAGGCUAUUGAAUUUGAUGUACAAGACACAUCUUAUGCAAUGCAACGAAACUACUAAAAUCAAAAUUAAUUAUUUUGUUGUAGACCUAAUACCAUAAUAACAAUUAUUAUAUAAACAGAAAUACUUUCACACAUGAAAUGUUUAAUAAAUUUGAAUAAAUUGUCUCAAUUAAAUUACUUUAGUAAUAUCAAACAAACUAAAAAUUUGAAAUUCCUCAGUAAUAUCUUUCCAUUUAAGCUUACUAGAGGAAAAGAGCCCAAUUGAAAUAUAGCCUUAGUAAAAAUUAAUUAACCUCAAUUUUGUGAUAAAUUUUGAAACUAAAUUCAACUAUUUUUAUUGCAUAAUUAAACUAGACAUUUGUAGCAGUAGCUGUUUUGGAAUUAACUUAACAUGUAAUUUCAGGGAGUUAUGAAUCAAAAAAAUGCUCAUAAUUUUAAAAAAUCACAAAAACCUCGCUUUUUCUUGAUAAAACUUUGAGGCUAUCGGAAAGUUUAAUUGGAGUUCUAAUAUUAUAUACAUGUGUAUGUAAAAAAUACCAUUUCAAAAUUUGAUGGUUCAUUAAUUGAAAAUACUGUAAUAGUGGAUGAGAUAUCAAAAUUUUGGUUUAAUAAGAAUAUCUAAUUCACAUCUACUGUAUUAUAUAUUGGACGAUUUUGACACUAUUUGAUAUUGAUAACAAAUUGUAUUUAUUAUUUUAUUUGUGAAUUGAGUGUAGUAUUUUGUAUUAAGCCUCCCCCCCCCCCUCUGACAAACACCAAAUUCCGUUAAAUAUUAGUGAAAUACCUCAUUUUAAGACAACAUACGAUUAACGAUAAUAUUAUAAUACUGAUUAAAAUACCCUUAAGGAAGGAACUGUGUUAUGAUGCUCCAUAACUGUUCUAGGUGGGUUCCUAUCCACUGCUGUGGUGUAUGAACGAAUAAAUUGCUUUCGUUUACAGUAAAUAAACUAAAAUUUAGUUUGGAUUAGAGUAUCUCAUUUCAAGGAAACGUUUUUGUGAAAUUUGAAUUUUUUUAGAAUUGAAGAAAUCAAAGUGCCGAUCGCACAGAAGCCGGUUGAAUUUUAACCGUGAUUAAUUCCACGAGAACCAAUCAGAGAGCUUGUCUUCACUGAUUGGCUCUCGUGAGAUUAAUCGCGGUUAAAUUUAACCGGUUUUUGUGCAACCGGGGCAAAGUAUGAUAUUGUUGAAUUUUGGAAAAUGAUUGAAGUUUUGGGAUCUUGGUUUUGUUCAAUAGAACCGGGGGAGCAUCAGAUAGAGUUAGCUUUCUGAGAGCUCUAUAUUUCAAGGCUCUAUAUUCCAAAGCUAUAAUAUUCAAGGAUAUUAUUCUAGAAUUUAUCCCUCAAAUAGCUUACAGCUAGAAGGAUACUAUCGCACUAUUGUAAUAUUCAAAUAAAUAAAUAUAUCCUUGAUUUUCAAUUAUUGUAGAAAUUUCGUGAAGGAUGAAAGACCCUUUAUGAUAUUUUCAUAACAAAUUACUACAGGAUUUGUAAAGUAAAUUUAGAUUUAUUCAUGAUUCAGCUGUUAUUAAGAAAAGACACACCAUUUUUUUAUGGAAAUCAGUCAAUGUUUUCCUAUUUUUUCACAGUUCAAAUAUAGAUUAGAACUCAUUAAACAAACAAUUAUCUUUUCGAAUUCAAUGUGAAAUCCAACAUUCUUAAACAAGCAACCAGUAUAGUUUGGAAUAAUAUUUAGAUUUAUAGAAAUGACAAUUUCUCUGGAAAAUUCUAUUUUAUUCAGGAGAAAAUAAACAGUUUUGGAUUAAGCCUGUUGUCUCCCCAUUUUUCUAAUAAUUUAUUAUUCUUCUGGGACAGCUCAGUUUGUUUGAAAAACAGACAGGCUCCUCAUUGAACAAAAUCACUAUUCUUCAUCUAUUUAGGGCCGGUUUCCGAGCUCGGGAUUCAGCUAAGUCCUAGACUUUAAACAGCUGGAGUCAGAAAAUUGGCUUUCCAAAACGGGGCGUAGUCGCAGCUUUUAUAACAGUAGUAGUAGUUUUUAUUUUCUCAUUUCUAUAAUAAAUUGGAAACGUUUUUCCUUGACGAAAUUAGACAUUCUCAAAUAAUUCAAAACAGCUGAAACUUUACACUAUUUUCUCUUUAUUUUAUUUUGUGUUCUUGUUUUUCAAAAUUUGAUUUAAACGUGACUAUGACAAUGACUGCGACUAUGCCCCGUUUUGGAAAGCCAAUUUUCUAACUCCAGCUGUUUAAAGUCUAGGACUUGGCUAAAUCCCGAGCUCGUAAACCGGCUCUUGAAUUGUUUAUCAAAAUUCAACAAUAUCUUUCAAAGUAUUAUAUUUUUUUGGUAUUGUAUAACUAUUACUAUGUCUGGUGUCCUAUAUACAAUAUCUUCAUAGGAUAUAAUUACUAAAUCCUAGGUAAUCUACUUAUCGAAGAUACUUCUAAUAUGAAUUACUAUUAAUUAUUGUAUCUUUUAUUGUAUAAUAUUUAAUAUUUAUAUGGAGGAGCGAAGACAGAUUUGAGUGAUGAUAAAUUUUUGACUGUGUUUUCAAUCUCAUUUAUUUUUUUUAAGUGAAAACGUAUGCAUUAAUGGAAACAAGUGAUAUAAUAAUGUCGAUUGAAAAAAAAUAUUAUUGCUAAGA